ACGCCCCCGCCCUCCUCCCUCCUCCCUCUCCAUCCCCUCAGCGUCUCCCUGCGCGGCCUCCCGUCUGUGACAGAUGAUUAAUUAAAGAUGUUGUUGUCCAUUGGGAUGUUAAUGUUGUCAGCGACCCAGAUCUACACAAUUUUGACAGUUCAGCUGUUUGCGUUCUUCAACCUCUUACCUGUGGAGGCAGACAUUUUAGCGUACAAUUUUGAAAAUGUGUCCCAAACGUUCGAUGACCUCCCGGCAAGGUUUGGUUAUAGACUUCCAACUGAAGGCUUAAAGGGCUUCCUAAUAAAUUCAAAACCCGAAAAUGCCUGUGAACCCAUAGCACCUCCACCCCUGAAAGACAAUUCGUCGAGCGCGUUCAUUGUGCUUAUCAGAAGACUUGACUGUAAUUUUGACGUUAAGGUUCUGAACGCACAAAAAGCUGGAUACAAAGCAGCCAUCGUUCACAACGUUGACUCGGACGACCUAAUUAGCAUGGGAUCCAACGACAUUGAUGUUUUGAAGAAGAUCGAUAUCCCAUCUGUCUUUAUUGGAGAGGCAUCAGCAAAUUCCCUUAAAGAUGAAUUCACGUAUGAAAAAGGGGGACACAUCGUAUUAGUCCCGGAAUUCAGCCUUCCCCUGGAGUACUAUCUAAUCCCCUUCCUCAUUAUAGUGGGCAUCUGUCUCAUCUUGAUUGUCAUUUUCAUGAUCACAAAAUUUGUUCAGGAUAGACACAGAGCCAGAAGAAAUCGGCUUCGUAAAGAUCAACUGAAGAAACUCCCCAUACAUAAAUUUAAGAAAGGAGAUGAGUACGACAUCUGUGCCAUUUGCCUGGAUGAAUAUGAAGAUGGAGACAAGCUCAGAAUUCUUCCCUGCUCCCACGCUUACCACUGCAAGUGCGUGGACCCCUGGCUGACCAAAACGAAGAAAACCUGCCCCGUGUGCAAACAGAAAGUGGUCCCUUCCCAAGGCGAUUCCGACUCGGAAACGGACAGCAGCCAAGAGGAGAACGAGGUGUCGGAACACACCCCCUUGCUGCGCCCGGCGGCGUCCGUCAGCACCCAGUCCUUCGGAGCGCUCGCGGCGGAGUCCCGCUCCCGCCAGAACACGACGGAGUCUUCGGACUACGAGGAGGAGGACGACGACGACGACGACGACGAGGACAGCAGCGAGGCGGAGAACGGAGCGAACGACGAGAGCGUGGUGGUCCAGCUGCAGCCCGGGGACCCGAGGGAGGACGACGGGGCGGAUGCCGUCUGAACGGCCGGCCCGUCGACGCGAAUGGACGGGAGCUUAAUCGGCCCAGCCUUUGCCGCGUUUCUCGCCGUGGGACACUUGCUCUGUGGUCUAAUCAGAAAUGUUUUAAUCCCGCCUCCGCCUGUCGGGGCUCCCCGCACUUCGCCUCACUAACGCCGCUAUAAAGGUGUCGCAAAAGAAAGGCGCCGCGUCGGUCUUUGAGAAACGGGAUGCGGCUAGAAAGCAUCCCGGCGGGAACCUGUAGAUAAAGCUGGAGUCUAUCCACGCGGAAAAAUGCUGCUGUCAGCGUGCAUGUCCCAGGCCCCGCUCCCAGGAGAAAAAAAAAAAAUCUCCGGUGGUUUGUUUAGGAUAACCGUUCUGUUCUUGGAUUUUUUCCCAACUGUCCUCGCCAGUUCAGUAUUUUUCCUGUAUUUAUUCCUCACAGAGAAGUAGAUACCUUUAGAGCAGCCACUCCCACCUCUUUCCCGCCUAGUCUGUUAUUCUGGCCGCAAAAGAAGCCCGUGGUAGUGGGGCGGAGGGGAGGACUUCCAGAUCGCUACUUUUAGGGUGGUUCUUCUAUCAACUUGUAUAAUGCCGUGUAUUAAUUUGACGCAGAAGCUAGACUAAUAUAUCCCUGCGUUUUAACUGAAUCGACUUUGAACCUGUACCACAAGGGUUGUGCGGAUGUCUGACCAAAGCAGAAAGACAAGCAAGGAACACUGAACUGAAGCUUGAGCAAGGGUCCUGUUGAUCCUCUGAUCCGAUACCUCUUAAAAGAGCAUCUUAUGCUUACAUUAGUCGGCUAAACGGUGUAUAUAGAGAAAUUGUUCUUUUCAAGUAUUUGGUUGGGAAAUGAGUCCUUAUAAAUACUUUACAGGACUCAUGAUGUACUUACUGUAUUAUGAAAAGCUAAAUUACCCACGCCAUUGUAAGUAUGUAGAAAGCAAUUCGACUUAGAGUCAAAGUGCAGAUAAUUUUUAUAUGGCCUUGGAUGCAGGGAGUUUGAAUGUUAAUAAACACACGUUUUUCCACUUUAAGACCUAAAAA